GAGAUUCACCAUCCCACGUGGCAGAGAAAGUGAUGCGCUCUUUGAAUGAAUGCUUGGGAGACGGACGCUCAAUUCCUAUUCAGUAUGGGGAGGGAUCUAUUCUCACGGAAGAUGGCAGAUCGGCCCUCCGCAGCAUCAGUAAGGAUGAAGUGAAUAGGGUACAAUUAGAGAGGUCCGAGAACGCUGCCAAAAAAUGUGCAAUGGAUGUUAGCAGCCAUUAUGAUGGUAAGCCAUGCAUGGGCACGUCAAUCCACUCCACAACUCCCAGCUACGAUCUCCAUCGACAGUUCUUUUUUGACGACGAUUUUAUGUCGAAAUGUUUAAAUGCCAGCUCUCCAACACUGCUUUCUAAUUGUGCUGGAGAAGGAUAUUUUAGAAUUGUACAGACAUUCUUCCAAGAUCAUUAUUAUGUAUAUGACAAUGGAUGCGAGGGCAUACGAAAUGGAUGUACAGAAGGAAACAAAGACGCGUGUACUUUCCACAAGUCUAUGGAAAAUGCCAAUACCCUAAAGAAUGGAUGGGAAGGUAAACCAUUAGCUAGAGUUCUUCCCCCUGUUCCCGACUAUAGCUGUGAAGACGAGUUUCACUACUUAGCUACGAAGAAAGUGUUAGAGGGUGAUGUUUUCGAAAGGUUUGGGCUUGAGAAAAAAAUUGUCAAGGAUGCCUGUUUAAGGGAACUAGACGAUUAUUGUCCUCGAAAGCAGCUUGAGAAAAUGAUGGAGAAAUGUGGAGAACCAAUACUUGAAACAACAGAAGAGGUUCAUAGCGAUGGCUCUGUUUCUGUGUCGGUGGUCGACUUAAACAACUGUCUACAGAAGUAUCAAAGUAAUGUGGAUAAUUUUGUAAAGAAAUAUGUUGGAAAUGAUCUCCACGAGGUUACAGAAAAGGAACUGAAAAGGCGUUAUGACCUUAAAGUUAAAGCAGCAAUUUCAAAGAAGACAAUCGCUGACACUAGGGCACUUGAGAAGACGAAAACCUUUGAUGAAAUUAACUGGUCAACUCGUGUUUCAUCGAAUACAUUGGAUAAACUAUAUGUAUCACAACUGCACCUGUAUUUGGUGCAACAGAUUGGCAUGUCGAAGACACAGUGCCAAGCCAAGGGAUAUACGAAAGCAAAGAAGAUUGAGGAUAUCAAAAAGCAUUUCUACUCAAGUUCUAAACAGUCAAAUGCUGGUAAUUUGCAGUCUUCACUAUCGCGGAAACCGUUUUCUACGUUGAUAUCUCUCCCUCGCACUGUUCGAGUACAGCCAGCAAGUCAGUCUUUGAGAGUUCCUCCAUGGGGGGGGGGGGGACCAGUUCACAAUAGCAACCAUGCAGUACGAAUGUUGACGAACACCUGCCCUAUUGACAACUUUCUUACCAUAUUUUACGUUUUAAUGAACGACUUCAAUGCUUUUUACACUCAACUUCGUGAUUCAGUUGACAGUUAUGCUUCAGUGCUCAUCAAGAUUAAACAUUUGUGUGACCAAGGACAUUAUGCGGAUGGAAAACUUUGUUGGAUCUCGCUUUUGCAAGGGCGAUUUCCUUUAAAUUUACCGACCCUUAAUUUUUGGGGCAAAGAAGAAGAUAUGUUCAUUUCACGGCUACAACCAACCAUUAUGUCCAAGUAUUCUGGAACAUGCAGUUCGCAUGCGUGCCCAUGGCCAACAAAGGAUUUCGUUUCCUAUUCAAUUGCAUUAAGGUUCAGUGUAUGCUUCACAUUUGUUUAAUAUUCUGCAUUUGGGGCAAUCUUCCCUGGUAUCAUUGUAAACAUUUGCACUGCAAAAAAUAAUUUUGAAACAAACCCGAUGAUGCUUUAUAUUAUAAAAUAGCGAAAAAUGAAUUAUUGAAUGGAUGUGUAUGCAAACGUUAACAGUAUUUUAUAUAAAAAAAUAUAUUUACUUAAUACUUUUGUAAACUGUUUUCUAUUUUUUUAACACAAGUAAAAAAUAUCAUAUAUUAAUAAAACGUACAAGGCUACAAGACCAAAGAUCAAGAUCUUCAUGUUCAAAUCUUAUUUUUGUAUAGUGAUGUUGGAAUACCUCCCCCUUCAUUGCUGCAGUCUUCCCUUGAUGACUGGAUGGCUACAGACACCAAGCAGACUACAUGUGGCGUGGCAAUACAUCAAAUUGUUCCUGGAACACCGCAUUAUUUGGGUUUGGUGAAUCACAUCCACGAAACCUCUGGGAAAAUAGUGUAAGUCUAGCGUGAAACUAAAUUAUACAACAAAACUUUUAAUACUUAUAUCAAGAGUAUUGUUUUAAUAUAAUUAUUGCCUGUGAAAACCGCGUGCAACGUCACGCUGUUUAUAAUUUAAAUUUUAAUACUCGUCUUUAUCUUCGCAGACAGAAGUAUCAGUAUUAUUGUGGCGGGAAAAGAACUUUAACAAAACGAGAAUUUGCCGUUGAUAUUCCUCUAUUUCUCCCAAUAUCAUUGGAAUUCUUUGCCACGAAGGGGAUUGUCACAGAUGCCACACAGAUACCAGUUUCUGUGAUAUCGACAGGAGAAAAGUAUAUACAUAUCUGA